GAAAAGUUGGUAACGAGCGCGAGAUUUCUCUCUCUGUGUCGGAGUGACGCAGUUUCUAUUUAAAUGCUCUACUUCACGUUGCUUGUUUAACCCAGCGAAGAGCUUCAGAUGUGGAAAAGUAUUGAAUAUUGACUUCCUGUCGUCGGUAACUAAACUCCAAGGAUAGACUCCUCCUCCCUCCCUCCUUGAGUUGUCCUGGGAAACACUAACAACUGCUGGAAAGCCGUCCCUGCUCGUCAAGGAGGACACACACGGGGAGGAAAAGUUACCCAGUGGUUCUGAUUCCUGUUGCUGACCCAGGACGUUUCUGUCCCAGCUCCGAACUCUGACUGCGGGGGCCCGUAUUGGGAGGAUUAUUAUGCGUUUAAAGGCUGCACCCUCUUCACACUGACUGAGCUUCAGCUGCCUGAGUGUCCAGGGACAUGAAACUCAAUCCACAGCAAGCUCCUUUGUAUCAGGGCCGACGUGUUGUCACAGUGCAGCUUUCCGACGAAGAGCUGGCUGCAGAUGAUCGGGGAGUGGACUACUUCCUGCUGUUCGCCGGCAGCACACAGAGGCAUCUAACCAGCACCCUGAGGAGCAGCCAUGACACCUUACAGGCGUUAUGUCCCGCUCACAACUGCUGCGAGGUGGUGUUGGUCACCUUGUGUUCUGCCACCCAGACGCCCUCCAGGUACCCUGAGAAGCCAGCGUCCUGCCCGGGGACCGUGGCUCCAUUGGCCGAGCAUCGAUUCAGCUUUGUCCAGGAUUUGGCUUUUGACAUGGCCCAGUUCUUGGUGAGCACAGCGGGGCGGGCCGACGGCCUCGACGGGGCCCUGCUCCUUGAUGAGUGUCAGAUUCCAGUGCAAGAGUGUGAGCGCCUGGAUGAGAACCUGGCACUGGCCCUCCACCACCUCGUGUUGCCUCCGGGAUGGAGUCUACUGGGGAGCAAACAGACCAACAGCACUGGCCUGAGCCCUCAGGAGACUCUGCUGCAUUUCUCGGCGCGGCGUGGCCUUUCUCGGGUGACCCGCUUUCUGCUGCGGCAACCCGGAGCCAGGGAAGCCCUUCAAUUGGUCAACAAAGAAGGUCACAGCCCGGCUGCCGUGGCGGCACAGCGAGGGCAUGAGCAUCUCCGUGAGCUACUCAUAAAGGCCGAGACGGAGGCGGGUGAGGCGCCUGAAACUCUCCAGCUGGUGUCCGCGGAUGCUCGGGUGUGCUGCAACUCCCCCACGCUGAACACACACACUCUGACGGUGAGCGUUCGCCCUGGCCGCAGCGCUCCGACCCUUCAGGAGAGCGUGGAGUAUCUUCUGCACUUUUUAGGCCACCUCCAUGCCAAGGGAGUUUCUGUCUUGGAGCUGCAGUUGGACUCACUCCACACUGCUGCUGAGUGUUGUGACGGUGUGAAAACAGACUUAACCUGUCAGGAGCGACUCCAGCAGCUCCACUCAACGUCAGAGUGUUUGCUUUCAGAAAUCGGAGGGAGCAAGGGAGAAAGGAUCAAAGAGGAGAGCGGCAACUCCAUCGUAGGUGAACUCGGCGAGACUCGUAACUCUGAGAAAGACGAAAGUUUGCCUCUGGCGUCAGAAAUCCCUCGCCAGCAUCACGACCUGGAACCCCAGAGGGACGGGGUGUGUCUCAGUUCAAACUCUGAGGGAAAAGGCUGCCAAGGGGAGCGGGAAGGGAGGGGUGACUCCUGUCCCGGGUUGAAUUUGUGUGACAGGAGUGAAGGGGCACAGGGUGAGGCUGAAGGGGAAAGCGUCACUGUGGGAAAUGUCCCAGCAGAAGGCUGCGGUAAACAGACAGAGGAAGCUGUGAUCCGGGAAGAACAGGAGGCUGGGGAGAGAGAGGAGCAGGAAGCGGGAGACGGCGCAGCCACGAGGGGAGAGGAGGAGGGCGGAUCAGAGCACACGGUUCUGACAACAGCCAGCGGAGACUCUUCGGUCAUGGGCCAGUCUCCGUUGUCAGGUAGUUCUGAACUUUUAAAUUCCUCUGAAUCAGAAACAAAGCUGAGAUCUAAAGAUGGAGAUAACAUUGAGGAAGAACAAACAGAACUUCCCCAAGAACCCUUUGAUGGGUUCAAUCCAGAUGAGAAGGAAGAAAAGGAGGUUGGGAAGGAAGAGUUAAUGGACCCCAUUUCAACCUCAAGAGACCUCCCCGACCCAUCGGCGAUAGCCUGCGGUGAUGUAAUCGAGCGGCGUCAAUCUGCUAUUCCACUACUGCUGAUAGAAGGCCUCCAUGAGGGGGAACCUCCGCCAGACAUAAACAGCCAAGAACAAAACCAGGAAACAGCUGGUCAGGAUUACGCAGCUGAGCAGGAGCAGGGCUCCAGUCCAGAAGCUGCCCGUCAUUCUGGGACUGACACUGGAGCUGAGAGCAACAGCGAAGACGCCACCAAACUCCAAGAUUUUGCUCUGGACGAACCCAAGCGCUUCGAUUUUUGGGUUUUGAACAGUGCCGAGGAAGAAACACGGACUGACCAGUCUUCACCAGGAAAUAUGCUCACUAAGAGGAAGGCUGACCAGGAUUCAGGCGUGGCACACCGUGUCUCCAGUGACGACGAAGGAAGCUUUAGAUCUUUUGGAAGUUCUUCAACGGAAAUAUUUCACCCUACUGAGGAUAACAGCACCAUGCAGGAGGGAGAUCAAACUAUGAACAUAGAUAUAUCCUCAACAGGAUGUACCGAGGACUCAAAUGAUCUAACACCCAGCGUAAACCAUGAACACUCACCAGGUGACAACAAUGAGCUUUUGUUGAAUGCUGGUACCGUCAGUUCCCUGAACCCUUCAGUUGGUAGUAGAGAUGAGUUGGAGUAUGAAUCAGGGCUGCUAGAUGACUUUAAGACAAUGGAUUGCUUGAUUCCUGAAAGUUGUGAGGAACUGCUUAUAGAAUGUCCUGAACAGGAUUCAGUGUUGGAACCAAUUCCUUUAGUCAGUGAGGAUGUCCCUACUUCAGAAGCUGGUGAAGGUGACAUGAAGCAGUCUUGCAGCUCUGAUGGGAAUAUUGACAUCCAGUCUGAUUCAGAGGUCAAAGUCAAUGGCCCCGUCGAAUACGGUCAACAGACUGACGCCAAUGAUAAACCAGAGGGAGCAGAGGAGAGCAGGAAUGUACAAACGCAACCUGAACAGGAUGACUUAAAGGAGACUGAGGACACGGGGUCGACUGAGGGUCAGCACACCAUCUCAGCACAGGACGCUGAUCCUUCGUCAGACACCAUAGAUGGUAUCUCUUUGGAACUGGAACCACCUGCUGCUGUCGCUGAGUCAUCUGUGGACACUCCCGUCGAGGAUCAGAUGGCUGGCAACCCAGAUUCUGCCGAUUCACUGGAUGGAGCGACGGAGAGCUGCGCGACUGCCGACCGAGAGGUGGAAGUCGACAAACCCGAGGACGCCGCGAGAUGCACGGGGGAGAAUGAAAACGGCCCAGCAGAGGGACCGGACUCCUCGACGAUCCAUCGAGACAGAGAGGCGUCGUUCCAUCAGACUUGCAACACUCAGCACUCAGAAUCCUCGACGUCUUCGCCGUUCCCCAGUUUACCCCGCAGAACCAGCAGUUCCACCAGCUGCCCCUCGUCCACUCACAGAGACUCUGGCAGCGACAUCGAAAGCCUCCUGAAUGCAGAGCCAGGAUAUGACAGCAUCUUCAGAAAGAACAACGAGCCGGUGACGGGAGGAGACAGCACCAGCGAGGUCUCCGUCUCUUGCUCCUCCACAGACGACACCGCCAGCGUCGGCCCGUCCAGCUCCAGUCCGGAGGGCAGCCAGGGCCUGAGCGGCAGCUGGAGCCCAGAGGAGGGCAUCCAGUCUGAGGCUACCAACGCUGAAGGCCAGGACAGUUCUGCUGCUGCUGCUGGAGGAGGAUCAGGAGGAGCAGGGGACGCUGAAGAAGAAGCAAAAGACAGAGUGAGUGAGGUGCCUCGCCGUUCCGGUCUCUUCAGGAACAGCAAGCGCUCUCUGUCGCCGCUUCGCCGCCACAGCUGGGGUCCAGGGAAGAACAACGGAGGAGAAUCAGAGAUGAACCAGAGGAGCUCCAUCCGUAGCCCUGGUGAGGGGAAGCCGGCCUUUCACAGGAGAAGCUACAGCUUAGAAGGGCUCAGUGGGAUCCAGGAAGAGCUGAGGGGCUCCACCAUCCAGGAGCCCCGCGACCUGGAGCGCUCCAGGAUGCCCCGGCACAACAGUGACGACAGGGGCUCCCUGGUGUCUCUGACGGAAGAGCAGGAGGAGCGGGAUGAGGACAGCAGGCUGCAGGAACAGAAAUUGCGGCGGUAUCGGCCGCUGAGGAACAGCUGUCCCUCCAUGACCCUUCCACUCACCAAGUCCAUUUCCAUGGUCACCAUCAGCCACAAAGACAGCGAUGGUGUGAGGUUGUUUUCCAACCCCUCCGGGUCAGUAGCUUACAGUAUAUCGGAGGAAGAGCCGGGGCCUCUGCGGAGCGACACGGAGGGGAGGAACACGACCAAAGUCAGCCGGACCUUCAGCUACCUCAAGAACAAGAUGUACAAAAAAACCCGGGAAAAAGACAGAGACAAAAGGGACAAAGACAAAGAAAGCAAGGAGAAGGACAAGAAGGCCGUGAACGGACACCUUUACACGCCAGUCAGCUCGAACCAGUCCCUCCAGUGCUCCCAGUGCAAUAAAGCUUUUAAUGGCAAAGAGGCGUUCUGUUGUACAUACUGUAAUGCAUCCGUCCACAAGGGCUGCAGGGACAGCAUGCCUGUUUGUGCCAACGUGAAGAUGAAGUUGCCCAAACAGCAGUUUGCAGUGCCAGAUUCCAGCGCUCCGUGCUCUGUUCCUGGCGUCACAAUGAGGAACAAAGCUGGUGGGACGAGGGACCGUCCCAGGUCAGCCAUCUUGAGCCCCGAAGACAAUCUUCCCCUGAUGGUCCCAGGAUCACGGAGACACACCAGCAUCAUGACAUUCCCUGGAAACAAUCUGUCAAAGAGCCUCUCGAUUAGCAACAUCGCAGGCCCAUUUGAUGACAUCCCCAUCAAAGGCCUGCGCUACCUUUCUCAGUCCACAGACUCACUCAACAGAACCAACCAGGUCACAGAAUCCAUGGAGUCGCUCACUGAUGAAGGGACGGAGAUGAUGGACGCGCAGCUUCUGGGGGAGUUCGAGGCGAACGCCAAAGAGUUCGAAGCAGACUCGUGGAGUCUGUGCGUGGAGCAGCAGUACCUGCAGCAGCAGAACAAAGAGCUGGUCAAGAGACAAGACGUCAUCUACGAGCUGAUGCAGACCGAGAUGCAUCACAUCCGGACGUUGCGCAUCAUGUCGGAGGUAUACAGCAAAGGCCUGCAGAAGGAGGUCCCGCUGGAACAGCACACGGCGGAGAAGAUGUUUCCGGCGCUGGACGACCUCCUGGACCUCCACUCACAGCUCCUCCAGCGCCUCCUGGACCGAAAGAAGGAGAGCCAGUUGGAGGGGGGAGGCUCGGAGAGCGGCUUCGUCAUCAACAGGAUAGGAGACAUUCUGGUCAGCCAGUUCUCGGGAUCCAACGGCGAAAGUAUGAAGAGGGUUUACGGGAAAUUCUGCAGCCGCCACAACGAAGCCGUCAACGUCUACAAGGACCUCAUGAACAAAAACAAAAACUUUAAAACCUUCAUCAAAAAAAAGAGAAGUAGCAGCACUGUGCGGAGACUUGACGUCCCAGAAUGCAUCCUGCUGGUGACCCAGCGGAUCACAAAGUACCCUGUGCUGAUUCAGAGAAUGCUGUCGCACACGACAGACACGGACGAGGACUACGUUGACCUGAGCGAGGCCAUCCGGUUGGUGAAGGAGGUGAUAGCCGCCGUCGACAGCAAGGUGAACGAGCACGAAAAGAAGCGGCGCCUGAAGGAGUUCCACAGCCGCAUGGACAGCAAGUCCAUCAUGAUCCUGAAAAGCGGCCAGUUCUUCGCCAGGGAGGACCUGCUGAGGCGGAAGCUGAUCCACGACGGAGCGCUGCAGCUGAAGAACACACAGGGAAGACUAAAAGACGUUCAAGCUCUCCUGCUAUCGGACGUCUUGGUCUUCCUUCAAGAGAAGGACCAGAAAUACGUCUUUGCCAUGCUGGACCAGCGCUCCACGGUCAUCUCCCUCCAGAAGCUGAUCGUCCGGGAAGUCGCCAACAAGGAGCGCGGCCUCUUCCUCAUCACGGCGGGCACAGAGAAGCCGGAGAUGAUGGAGGUCCUGGCCAGCUCCAAGGAGGAGCGCAACACCUGGAUGCAGCUCAUCCAGACCGCCAUGCAGUCCAUGGAGAAAGACGAGGACGAGGGGAUCCCCAGUGAGACGGAAGACGACAAAAGACAAUUAGAGAGCAAAGCCAAAGAGAUGAGAGAUAUGUUGAAGCAGAAAGAUACGGAGAUUAUGUCUCUGCUGGAGGAGAAGGUGCGGCUCUUCAGGGAGAUGUGGGAGGGCCUGAGCCCAGGCGAGGAGGCCUGCAGGCAGGUCGAGCCUUUCUUCAGGUCAGCCUGCAGCCAGGAGCCGCCUCAGGGGGCGUCCAUCAUGAAAGACGCCCUGCAGGAAGUGGAGACGUUGCAGGCGCUGGUGAACGGCAGCCUGGGGGGAGCGAUGGCCAGCGUGCACGAGGGAGGAGCCUCCGGGCCCGUGUGCCUGCCCCGUCGGGCCGAGACAUUCGGAGGCUUCGACAGUCACCAGAUGCACGGCGGCAAGAGUGGAGACAGAGACGAGAGCGAGGACGCGGUGGGAGACCUGCGCAGGACGGAGUCGGACAGCGUUUUGAAGAAGGGAGGAAACGCCAACCUGCUGCAGCUACUGAAGAGGAACAGUGAGCAGGUCCUCCACAGCGUCUCCAACCUGCAUCUCCUGCUCAGCACUCUGCAGGCGGUGGUGGUCCAGCAGGACAGCUACAUCGAGGACCAGCGGCAGGCCCUGAGCGAGCGCUCCUCCUCGUGCUCGUCGCUGUCGCGCCAGUCGUCGCGGCCCAGCUCGCUGAUCGAGCAGGAGAAGCAGCGCAGCCUGGAGAAGCAGCGACAGGAGCUGGCCUCCCUGCAGAGGCAGCAGGCCGCUCUGGCCGAGGAGAGGCGGAGGAGGGAGAGAGAGUGGGAGCUGAGGGAGCAGCAGCUCUCCGACAGAGAGUCCACGGUGCACCUGCAGGAGGAGGAGGUGCAGAAGCAGCAUAAGCAGCUCGACGAGGAGAGGAAAGAGCUGCAGAGCAAGAAGGAAGAGUACCAAAGAGACCUGGAGAGGCUGAGAGACGCCCAGAGGAAGCUGGAGAGGGAGAGGGAGGCCGUGCAGCGGCAAAUCCACAGGAUGGAAGAGCUGCGGCCGUCUGAGAGGACUCCCUCCACGACGUCCGACGAAUCCCUGUUCCUGGGCAGCUCCCAGUCCCUGGAGCUGGACCCCCUGGAGCUCUCCUCCUCCUCGUCUUCGUCCUCCACCCUGCCCAGGCUGCAGCCCCAAGGCUCCAAGGCCAGCAGGAAGGGCCUGAACCCGUUCACCUCGUCGUCCUCCGGCAGCCUCAAGAGCUCCGAGGCCAACAGCCACAUCUCCAAGGGCUUCCUGCAGCUGACCAAGACCAAGAGCAAAGACGGGAAGAAGAAGAAGAAGAGCAAAGGCGGCAGCGCGCAGGCGGCAGACCCUCAACAUGUUCCCGAGCCCCCCAUGGACGGAGAGAUCUACUUCUGCUAAGACUCUACGGCGGCGACUCCAUCGUCGCUCUCGACAACCCGGAGUCCACGUGUUCCUGCGCACUUUCUCAGUACGACAUGUAGCACAGACUGCUCCUCCGUUUGGAUUUUCGUUGAGAGGUGCAACCAAGAAGCCUUUUGUUUUGCUUUUCUCGAGGCUGGUACCGCUUCUUAUGUUCGGCUCAUUCCCAGAUUCUUUAUGGAAUGUAAGCGAUGGAAGAAGUAAUAAAAGCACACCACACAUAAAAGAAAAAACAAAAACGUGCUGCAUUUUGAAUCCGAUAGAGAGAAACGACAAGAUGAGUCCAUCCAUUAUGCAUCAGAGCAUAUGUUCCAGCUUUAUUCCUCGCUGUAAAAGAGCACUGAACUGGGAGAGGCAUUUAAAGUCCCAACAGAAAAACUUAGUUUUUAUGGAAUUGAGGAAUAUUUGUAUAAGGCAAAAAGGAAAAAUUGUGGAUUUGACAUCACCAAUCAGAGCCAAUCAAAAGAACAUGGGACAAUUGCCACAACUCUUGACCAAUUGAUCAAUGCAUCUCUACUUUUAAUCUAAAGUGAAAACCACUGCUUUUAUUCUGUUGUCUCCACAAGCUAGACUCUUUUUUUUUUUUUUCCGGUGCACGAACCCCCGUUCAAAUCCAAACUCAAACUAAAUCCAAAAAUACUUUCUUUUAGUCUAGUUUCUAGUACAAAUAUCUUAGAAAACCUGAAAUAAGAUAAAACCAACUCAUGAGUAACUUUUCAGGAAGAUAUAGGAGCUUGUUUUAAGUCAUCUAUUCCUUAAUAUUGAUGAAAAAAAGUGCCGGUUCCACUGGCAGGUUAUUUCACUUAUAACAUGGGAAAAAUGUCUUGUUCUAAGUUUAAUAAACUUGCUGAAAAGUUACUUGUAAGUUAGUUUAGUCUUAUUUUAUGUGUACUAAUAUAUUUCCACUAAAAACUAGACCAAAGUAACUUGGUAAGAUUUUGGUUUUUUGCAGUGCAGGAACAGAUUAGCGCUUCACCGCAACAUUUUCGACACUGAUCACUUUUCAUAACAGUUAAUCGACGACUGAAAAAAAAAAAAAAAA